AUGAAAAGCGGCACGCCAACUUGUGAGCGAACUUACGUGAGCGCAGCGCGCAAACACUAUCAUCUCGCUGCUUAUCUUCUCGAGAGGAAAGUGACAAUCGUAAACAAAGAGACUGCGUUUAGAACUGGCCAGAAGUUUCAUGAUCUUCUACAGCUGUGGUGUCAAUUAGAAGCGCAUGAUAUAGGACAAGAAGAGAAGUAUGUUGCCCAAUGGAGCGCACGUCAAUUGCAUCGUUUUGACAGUACUUGGCUCACUAAUCAAGAACUACGUACGCUGGUUCGAAUCAACCUAUCCCACAAUGCACUGAAGACGAUCCCAGCAGCGUUACUAUGGGGAAUGCCAUGCUUGGAAUCAUUGGAUCUAUCCCAUAAUGCAAUGAGGAAUCUCCCUAGCCCAGAUUCUUCAGAGGCGCUUCAUGAAUUGAGAUUGACACAUCUGAACGUUUCCCACAAUAAAAUGGGCAAUCCUAUCCCUGAGAUUUUCAUGCUGCAUCUGCUUGAGAACCUGGAUCUGUCUCACAAUCGCAUCACAAGUCACCACGGACGCUCCGUCUUCAAGCUGGUCAAACCAGGUGAGAGUGAAAUUGUCUGGGAUUGGAGCAACCUGACGGUAUUAAAUCUGUCUUAUAAUGAGAUUAUCCACAUUCCUUCUGGUAUCAGCACUGCCAAGAGUUUGGAGAAACUCAAUGUUUCUAAUAACAGACUGUCAGACCUUCCAGCUGCCUGGGAUUGCCCAUUGAAACGCUUGGAUGCCUCCAACAAUAAGAUCAAGAAAGUCCCUGACAUGCAUGAGUACUGGAAUCGUUCCCUCAUGGACUUAAACCUCAGCUGUAACCACUUGACGGAGAUUCCUUGGACUAUCUGUCAGCUGACUCGGCUGAAAGGGCUGAAUCUGUCUGGCAAUCAGAUCACUGAGCUUCCUCCUCCUGACUACUGGAAAAUCUACAGCCUCAGAGAAUUUUUACUGGCUGAUAAUUGUGUCGAGUUAACGGAACAUACACAAUUUUGGAUUCCAGAUGCUCUGAGGUGCGAUCGCAGGCAAUUUCUGACCACGAUUACUAUAACAAUUGUAUUUAGCAAAAGAUCAUCAUUAAACAUCAUUUUCGAGUUUGGAAGUCCAGAAACCUGGUUGGAAAUGCUACCGGUUGGAGAUGUCACAUCUUCAUCAGUUGUCUUCCCAAAGAUCUUCAGCGAUUCUCUGUUGACCCUGGACCUGAGGAAUAACCAGCUACGGGACGUGCCCCCAAGUAUUUGCAAAUUGGCUUGCCUACAAACACUGGAUCUCAGUGGUAAUACAGGCAUAGAGAAACUUCCAGAGGAUCUGGCGCGGUUGAAAGAACUGUGGUCCCUCAAACUCGACAACUUGAAGAUAAAGGAGCCAGAUACUAUUGUGCCUGUCAUGCAAACAAGGGAAAUCCUGGAGAAACUCAACGAAAAACGCUUGAGUUGCAAACCCUACCGCGGUAUGAAACUCAUGCUGGUGGGGCCGGAGAAAUGUGGCAAGACCUCCGUGUUGUCCUGUUUGACCAAGAAAGAACCUGACGAAGAUCUAGGCAUCAAUAUUUGCUCUUGGACUCUUCAGAACCCUGACAAAAUUCAACAAAUGCCCUUGUUUGGGCAGAUGUUUUCGAGGCCUAUGGAUCAGAGUGUUUCUGACCAAGGUGAUGUACAUUUUUCGAUAUGGGAUCUGAAGGGAGGUAAGCUGGAUACUAUUAUCCAUCAGAGCUUCUUCACCCCCAGGACGCUGUACCUGUUGGUCUGGGAUCUCAGAGACGGCUUGGAAGGUGUUGAUAAGAAGCUAAAACCCUGGCUACUUAAUAUUAAGUCAAGGGCAACGGAGAGUGUCACCAUCAUUGUCUCCACCCAUUUAGACAAAGCAAAGAAGGAUAAGUCGAUCAAAGGGAAAAUCCUCGACAAGUACUGUCGUUUCCGAGAUGGGUUUCCAGAUAUCGCUCGUGUUGUCGAGGUCACAGCAACGAGCCCUGACGGGGAAGGCAUUGAAGAAUUACGGCAUUUCAUUUACAAGAUAUCUCUUGCAAUGAGGAUCGGGAAGAGUUGGACUCCGGGAGCUGCUGUGGCAAGGACAAACAUUCCCCUGAUUGGAAGAAUGGUGCCCCACUCGUUCAGUGUUCUCCAGGAGAUCAUAGCCAAUGAGAAUGAGCGUCGUAAGCUCAGUAAGCCCCCUCUUCCACAAGUCUUGGAGGAUGUGGAGUUGAAAUAUCACAUUGAAAAGAUUCCUGACAGUACCAUAGAAACCCUGGAGGAUAUCAAUGAAGCGAUUGAGUUCCUGAGCAACAGUGGCACCCUUGUGCAUUUUAAUGACCACCUCCACGGUCUAACAAGCCUGUACUUCAUCGACCCAGUCUGGCUCUACAACAUACUCACCAACGUUGCCAAAAUCAAUCCUUCUCUCGCCGAGGAAGGACGCAUACAAAGGUCCAUCGUGGAGCAGGAAUUGUUUAAGAAAUGCGCUUUUGGGGAGGGACGGUUUGAGGAAUAUCUACAACUUCUGCAGAGAUUAGACAUAGUAAAUCAAAUCAGCAAGGAAGAAUACCUGAUUCCAAGUCAACUUCCCAGAGACAAGCCAGGUCAGGAUUUUCUGAACGACCAGGGCGAAGGCAGCCCCCAUCAGUAUCAGGUCCUAGAACGUCAUUAUAGAUUAGCCUACGAUCCGCCAGGAUUUUGGAGUCGACUGGUGUCCAGAGUCUACGUAUUCCUCAAGUUACUGGAUGAGGAGGGAAGCAAGGGAACAAAGGGAAAAUCCCCAAGAGUGGACCAAACAAUGCCAAGGGGACUGAAGCUGACAAACACCAACAUCACGUAUUGGCAGACGGGUGUGAUUGUCCAACACGCAUCCGGUGUUAUCUUGUUGAAACCAGCCACCUUCGAAGACAAACCUGGCAUCUGCGUCCAGAUUAAAAGUGAAGUCGGAGAGUUUGCAGCCAUGGGAUUCGUAGUGGACCAGAUUGAACACCUCAUUCAUGAUUGGUACCCUGGUCUGAAUUGCAGCGGCAUGACUGGAAAAACUUUGGUUGAGAGAUUUGUCCCUUGUCCAGUUUGCAAAAUUACAAAGUUCUCUGUCAGCAAACUCGCUUUGAACGCCACUUUGAAGUUUACAGAUAAGGUGAAGUGUCCGACUCAUCUUGAGGGCGUGGCUAUACCUAAUCUCCUCCCCGAUCUCUUUUUGAUGGACCUACCAGUCAGGAUCCUUGAUAAGAAGGCGUUUGAUUUCGAUCCCCGGGUCAGUCAGUCCCUUGGCAGAGGAGGAUUCGGUGAGGUCUUUAAAGGGAGAUAUCGACAGGAAGAUGUCGCUGUUAAGAUGUUGGCUAAAACAGAGAUUUUGAGUGGCAGGCCGGAAUCGGGGGUGCAUUCAUCUAGGGGGGAAGAUCAAGAAGACAGCGAAACGUCCAGCAGCAGUAGCAGUCUACGAGACAGCGGCAACCAAUCCUUAUCCCCACUGCCGUACGAUGAGAGUAUCGCCCCUGAGGAGAUGCUUGUCAUGGAGGGAUUCUACAACCUGCGCAGUGAAGUGGCCACCAUGUGCAAGCUACGACAUCCCUGUGUCAUUCAUCUCAUUGGGAUAUCAAUCCACAAUCUCUGCUUUGCCAUGGAGUUAGCUCCACUGGGAGACCUCGCAAGUCUUCUCCAUCAAGAAUCCAAAAGCCUUCGUGAGAGUCUUGUGAAGGAGAAGGUUUAUGGGACAAUUCUAGACCGUGUUCUGACCUUUAAGAUCGCCAUGCAGGUAGCCCGUGGGGUGUCCUACCUUCACAACAAGAGGAUAAUCCACUCUGACCUGAAGACUGACAAUGUCCUGCUGUACUCCUUGGACGUCGAUGCUAACGUCAACAUUAAACUGACCGAUUAUGGGAUAGCUCGGACCAUGGAUUUGCAGGGAGCCAGGGGACGCGCUGGUCCUCUGGGAUUCUGUGCACCAGAGAUACUACGAGGAAGAACGUUCACAGAACAGGCGGACUGGUACUCCUACAGUAUGCUGCUGUAUCACGUGAUGUCCGGUGCAUGGCCCUACGAUAACCUCAAGACUGCCAUUCAUAUCCGUAGCGCUGUCAACAAGGGCACCAAGCCAACCUUUCAGUUCCGAGACUACGCGAUCGUCACCAUGUUCCCAUGUCUUGAGAAAUUAAUGAAGAUGUGCUGGAAUGAUAACCCACUACAAAGGCUAAGUGGGGAUCAUAUCGCCAAAGCAAUGAAGAACGGAAGUUUCACUUGCUUGGAAAAUGUCAUCAGUUUAACUGAGGAGGAGAUAACGUGUGUGCAUCUUGGCUGGGGCAAGAGUAAUAAGAACUCGGAUUAUUUGUGGUACUGGACUGGUGAAGGUGACAAUCGUCGGUUUGCAAAAAUCCACAUCAAGUUUUGCACCGAAGGAGAUGUCGAGACCAAAAUGUUCAGCUUGAGGGGCUCGCGAGCUAACUGUAUGGUGCAAGUGGGACACUACAAUGUGAUAGGCACAGAGAACAACCGCAUCCAACUCUUUGGACCACAAGCCAUCGAUAAGCAGGAUUUCAACGUGGACGCCGAGGUUCUCUCCCUCUGUUAUCUACCCAUCAAAGACAAGGACACGCACGGGCUCCUGUUCGCUGGUUUGGCUGAUGGUCACGUGGUUAUCUUCAGGUACAAUCAAGCAGCCAACGACAGCAGCAACAGGCAGCAGGAGCCAGUUUGGUCCCGGGUGAAGACAUUAACCUUUGAGAAUAAGCGCUGUAAUCUGCUGGAGCCAGUUCCUGAGAGAGAUGAGCUGUGGAUAGCCUGCGGGAAUAAACUGCGUAUUCUUAGCACCGAGAUCUUGUUGCUGGAUUCAUCAAGCAUCACAGUGACUUCAACAGCAAAGCGCUCUGUGGUUGGUUUGGCUCACCACCAUGACAGCCUCUUCUGCAUCAUCGAACGUUCCUCCCAAGUACUUCAGUACAACAUGGCUAACAGGCAGCUUGUGAAUAUCCUUCAGUGUGGAAACACUAUGCUGGCGAGAGGAGUUUGUCUGAUAUCUCCGCCGGAUGAUGGCAUCCACGUAACAGAUGAGGAGCCUGAGGAGAAGCAGAAGGAAGGGACGAUGGGUGAAUGUCAACCUCAGGAUGAUGUAGAAAUCAGUACUGAGAGCAAAGCCAUCCAACUACUGUGUAUAUUAACUGUGAAAGACACCCUGUGGAUUGGCACAAACACCGGCGAAACUCUAGUCCUUUGCCUCGACUCAGAAACCCAGCACAGCUUCGGCGAAGUGCUUGCCAUUCUUGGACUUCUUCCAGAAUUGGACGAUAAAAGUGGGCCAGUGAACAAGCUCCUUAGGGCCGGGGACGGGCACGUGGUGGCGAUGCAGGAGCUCACAGGAUCAUCACCACCACCACUCAACCAGGAGGCGCGUCUCAAUCAGUACCAGCUGCUGUUAUGGCAAGCAUGGGGUUCACAAGAGGUGGCAAAGUUUGAUCACAUCCACCGUGCGUUGGAUGAGGCAGAGCUGGCUUUGGACAACUGAAGAGAUACGUUGAUUCAACACCGUGAUUUUA